AUGAUUUUGUGCACUUUGAUCAAAUGGUAUCAGACUUCGUUGAUGUUGGCUGCAAAACAUGGGAAGACCGCUAAUGUUGAAAAGCUUAUUGAAGUCGCCAUUACAGUUAACAUGAAGCUUUUCAUCGUCAUCAUCAUAUUCUUCAUGAGAAAGGUGUAUGGGUUUUCAUCUACGCGCCAAUGGAUAUUAAUCUACAAAAACCUUAGAGGGAAAAGAUUUGAAGGACUUGCUUUGAUUUUUGUUGUUUUCAAAUGGGUUGUUGGCGUUGAGAAUCGAAAACAGCUUACACUCCACCCUAUCAUCAUCUCCGGAGGAAUCGAUUGCACCUUAAACGAUAAGACGGUGCUUCUGAAAUCGAUUUGUUUUGGUUCCGGUUUAUGCAUAUCUAAUUUUAGGCUUAUCUCUGCUAUCCGACGCUCUAUUUUCAGUGGAUUUCUCUGUGGCCGACAAUUAACAGGCUUGGAUACGAGAGGUUGA